UAGCAACACUUUUUUUUUGUUUUUUGUCCAGCAGGAUCAGGGCCAUGAAGACCAGACUGGGCUGCCUGGCCAACAAAUCAGACUCCUGCAGCGACUUCUCAGAGUUCCUUCCUCCUGCACAGGAAACGACCGCCAGGUGUCUGAAAAUCUCUACGGAUGAGGUGGUUCGAUGGUCUGAAUCAUUCGAUUACCUUCUUGCUCACAAAUAUGGACUGGUUGCCUUCCGGACAUUUCUCAAGACAGAGUUUAGUGACGAAAACAUUGAGUUUUGGAUGGCCUGCGAGGAGUACAAAAAAAUCAAGAGCUCCACCAAACUCACCUCAAAAGCAAACAAAAUCUUUAAGGAAUUCAUCGACGUUCAUGCACCAAGAGAGGUCAAUGUUGACUAUCGCACGAGAGAGAGGACUAAGCAGAACGUGACGGAUCCAUCCCCAACCAGCUUGAAUGAAAUCCAAGCCAAGAUUUACAGCCUCAUGGAAAAAGACUCUUAUCCCCGAUUUCUCAGGUCAAAAAUGUACCAGGAUAUAAUUAACAGGACGCAAGCUCAAAGACAACGGAGGUCUGUUUGACCAAAUCUGACCACAGCGGACACAUGAUGUCAUAAACUCUUGUAUGUCAUCACUGAUUUUACUGUGAAUCAGGAAGUAUGGGGAAAUAUCCUUGACAACUUCCUAUGUCUAUACCAGCUUCAUGCAUGCAGCCCUCCCACAUGAGUACUGGUGAACUGCAUGAUACCGAAA